AUGCUUGGAGUUUUCUCGAAGCAGGUGGCGCCAUUCCCAGAGUUGGACAAGUCGCUGAAUCUGCACACCUCUGAGUCCGUUUCCGCCAUGGAAAAUUCUCUGGCUAAAUACUACACUAACGAGUACGCGAAUUCGUUUAUGGUUGAUAUUCAGCCAUGGUGUAUGCUUGCAAUUACAGUGGCUCCGACAAAUUCUAUCAUCGCGAAAGAUCGCUAUGAUUUAGGGCUAUGGAACUUUAGGUUUCGUCGUUUCCAAGCAAAAGACGAUAUGUUCUGUAUAUUGAGCGGUAGCAUUGAGAAUAUAGACUAUUUGGCUUCAAAAUUCCACUUCAAUAAGGACAUUGAUCAGCCUACCAUGUUCAUCGAGGCUUAUAAAUCACAAAGGCGCAUUAACGAUGGCCCAGAAACAAAGCUUCAGAAGGACCAACGAGAAUUUUACUGGUUGAACUUAGUAAGAGCUGCCAAGGGGAAGUUUACUAUCAUUCUCUUCGAUAACCUGAAGAAGACGGUCUUUGCUGCUACAGAUCGUGAUGCACAUCUUCCUUUCUAUUGGGGCAUUGAUGUGGAAGGCGACUUGAUUCUUACCACGAAUUCUGAUAUGGCUCAGCUGGGGUGUCAAAGAGCUUACGGUAGUUUCCCAAGAGGUUGCUACAUAUCCACAUCAGAUGGACUGAAGACUUUCGACGAUCAAAACACGGAGCUACAUGUAGAAGAAGAUGUUGAUAGUGUGGGGGUUUCUUACCUGAACAUUGUUAUGGUUGUGGAGAGUCCCUCCAGCGGGAGUGGACAGGGCUCCACGGAGUCUGUGAACUCAUCUCUUCGUUCUCUUACUCAUUGAUUCGUGUUUUCAUCUCUUAGACUCUUACUACUCUUGCUAUUCAUCUCUUAUAGCUAUUCAUUGUUACUUUGUCUAGUACUUGUCUUUCAUCUCUUCCUACUCUUACUCAUUGAUACGUGUUUUCUUAGUACUCUUACUGAUGAGUGUUUUCUUUCUACUCUUA